CAAUAAUUAGGUCGAAAAUCAAACCCAAAAAAAAAAAGUCUCCGGCGAGAAAUUCCCAAUUCACCCCGUCGGCGUCGACGCUGAAUAAGCUUCUGCGUUGUAUUCAAUCUUUCAGUUGAUGGACAAAACAAAAUCCCCUGAAGUCGUCGCCGGCGUAAUUCACAGCGCUUUUUUUCAAGCAUCUGUAUUAGCUAUUAUGAAGAAAAAGCCUCCUAGCUUGGUGAGCUUGUGUCUUGGAGUUAUUGGUAGACAUUUUGAGGAUAUCAUUGAAGACCUCGCCGAGAUAGCUGCUAUUCCGUCCACCAUGAAGAUGGUACUUGUGGCAAUUGCAAGAAGGAGAAGGCUAUUGAAUGACGAUGUCAUUGUUGCAUUGGCUGAUAGCUCCUGGAAAAUCCUGGACUUGUCUGGUUCGGAGGUUUCUGAUUUUGGCCUAUCACAAGUGGUUAAAACUUGCAAACAUCUGCAAGCAGUUGAUAUAAGUCGCUGCAGCAAGCUCACAUCAGUCAGUGUAUCAGAACUCUUGCAGAACUGCCGGUCUCUGGAAAUACUGAGAUGGGGAGGCUGCCCUCGGAGUGAGAACACAGCUCGUAGAUGCCUCCGUUUCUUGAAACCAAUACUAGAGCAUGUGGAAGGAGAUUCUUGGGAGGAACUUGAUACCUUGGAAAUAGCUCAUGGUGCGACAUCCUUGCGUUGGCUUUUAUGGCCCAAAGUUGAAAAGGAACAGCUGGAGAUUUUGUCUGAAGAAUGCCCACGAGUCAUAGUAAAUCCAAAGCCGUCGCCACUCGGUUACAGGGGGAUUGAUAUACCUAGAGAAGCACGACUAGAUGUAUCAUUAGAUGAUCCCAUGGUUGAAGAUAUUGACCCCAAGAUCUGGGCAGUUUCAGGAUUUGUACCUAUAACAUCACCAUCAUCAGUUUCAAGCUCAGAAGAUUUACCCAUUGCAGAAAAGUUUAGACUUGCAUUUCUUGAGAGAGAUACUAGACUAGCGCCAAAGCGAGCAAAGAAUGCAAGACAACACCAACGACGUGCAGAAAAGGAAUGGGUAACGAUGAAUAGUAGGGCAAAAGCACUAGCACUUGCCUCACUGGCUAGCAGAUCCCUGAACAUCCGGAAUUGAAAAUAGGAGUUUACUUAUAUGAAACUUGUUUUUGAUCUCUGUCAGUCAACAAUACAAAAACCUUCUGUAUUCAGACUCUUUCAGGCAAUGGAAAGUAGUAGUUGUUCCUGCGUGAAUGUACAUUAGAAAGUUGCUGCUAAAGAUUCAUAUAUUGAGCUACUCUAGCUUUCUC